AGGCUUCUGGAUGAGCUGAAUGCAAUGCAGUUGGUUCCCUUCGUGGCCACGACGCUGGUCGUGGCGCUAGUGUGGCCCUUGCUAGCUGCCCGUCAAGACGGGGCGUGCAUGUUCCCGUCGCGCUGGCACGGGACGUGGUUCCAGUCAGGGGUGCGCCAGCCCAUCAGCAUAGAGCAAAGCCGCCUCAGCAGCAAGGGCCGCUGCCUGCGCUCCGAUGGCGACAAGUUCGUCGUCGUCGACGAGAAAGGCUGUUUCCGCUGCGUAGUCAUUCACGAAAAGCACCACAACGUUCUGCAGUACAAGGAGACGUUCUGCCACACUCAAGAGGCGCUGUCGUCGCUGUGCUCGCUGAUCACGGGCGACGCGCUGCUCUACUCCAUGUUCCGCGUCGACGCGACGGCCGAGGCGUGUCCGUUCCGCGGACCGUUCACGUUCACGUACAACCGCGGCUACGGAGAGUGCCGCACGCCCGUCUCCUCCAUAGACUCUUGCACCGACGACUCGCGCCUGCUGCUGCGCUACCAGGCCUGCCCCGACAUCUCCGGCACCGAGAGCACAGUGGAGGAGCUACAGUGCCUGGCGACGUGGAAGGAGGGCUCGUCGCGCUACCUGGUGGGCAAGGUGCACCACAGCCACGCGAGCUCCAACGAGGAGCGCUACCGCUGCUUCGUGUACGAGAAGACGAGCGCAGCGGGCACGCCGGGCGCCGACCUGGCCGCCGACGCGGGCCACCACGACGAGGGCGUCGACUACCGCGUGGCGCAGUCGGGCGACGCCACGUGCAACGGGCUCUUCACGCCCCUCGAGGGCUCGCGCACAAUGACGCUCACCAGGGCGUCGUCGCCGGCCAAGUGCAGGUUCCCGUCGUGGCUGACGAGCUCGCACCACUGGCACACGCUCGACUACCGCAGGGCCUACUCCCUCAAGCACCGCAACACCACGCUGCGCAUCGCCAACGUCUCCACUGCUGGGUUCCCGGCGGCCAGCAGCGGCCCGUCGCUGUCCAUGGAGCUGUCGCAGCCGGGCCACGAGAUGCGAGUCGUCUGCAGCGAGCUGCGCGCAGUCACGCACGACACGGCGCAGAUCGUCGCUCACUUCACCACCGGAUGCCAGAGCGGCUACAUGUGUAUGCAGUUCUACCGGAGGGACCCGCACGUCAUUGAACUGCAGACAGGAGGCCAUUCUCGGAGGCCAGAGGAUGCUUGCUCUGUGUCUCACUUCAACAAAUCGUCUCUUCCGUACGUCACUCUUGUCACGGCGUUCCCAGAGCAGCGAGCGUGCCCAUACCAGGGAGAGUUCACUGUGACGGGUGUCAAUAGGCUGCGCACCCAGAGGGACCUUCCGGACAGCCCUUGUGAUGGGGAUGACACUGACUUCACCAGCCUUGUAGUUGGUUGCAGUGCAGGGCACACCAUGGAGUUUCGAUCAGAUUGUGCUGACGAAGACUUUGUCUCUACCUAUUCAUGUCAUGGACACUGGGAAGACAAUGGAACAAACUUCCUGAUAACUACACCUCUAAGUCGCACAUCGCAUGGAGCUCGCAGGCUUUGCUUCAUGUACCGUGAGUUGGAUGGAGUUGUUCACUUCUCAUCUAGUGCUGAUAGUUGCACACGUGCUGUUUCACCUGGAAUUGGUGGUUCUUUAGCCUUCAAUGUCACCAGCACAGGAAGGUGUCUUGAAACAAGCUCAGCUCCAUCUACAGUGGUUAUAUCAUUAUCGCUACCCACACUUUUGGCCACAGGUGUUUUUGGAAUUUUUGCUGUAUAUCAGUACUCUGAUGAGAGGUGAUCAAGAAAUAUACAUUUAGUACUUUAAAUAAUAAGGUGAAGGUUCAGAAAGCUAAGUGACUUAUGUAAGGCAAUUAAAAAUAUGUGGAUGUUUGGAUGUGAUACCCUUCUUUUUUAUGGACAACCUUCUGCUGAACAACAUAGAAAUGUGUAAAAACAGGUGACAAAUUAUGGCGAGUGAAUAAAUAAGGGCAUUGUACAUGAACUUGAUUACUACUUUUUCAGUGUUAAAACAUAAUUAGCUGAGUAUGGAAGUUGAUAAUAAUUUGUCUGAAGACUAUUUGCUGCUUUUCUCUUCCUGGAACUCAAAAUUUUGUGAUUCUACAGAAUAUAUAAUAU